AAAAAACAAAAGUAAGUUAUCAACAUUAAUGACCAAACUCAUACAAUGAAUUGUUGCUAAAAACUUCUUUAAGUAGGAAGAUGUUCGAAAAACAAACUCCCAAUACAAGAAACAUAUUAGUAAUAGGUAAAACAGGGAAUGGCAAGUCUGCCUUAGCUAAUGUGCUAGUUGAUAGCGAACAGUCGGAAACUUUCAAGGAGAGUGAUAAAAGCAUUAGCGAAACCAAACAAGCCAAAAGCGAAAAGGUUGAAAUUAUUUAUGGUGAUGAAAAAAUAAUAUAUCAGAUUAUUGAUACUACCGGAUUAUGCGAUACGGAUAUGGAUAAAGAUAAUAUUCUUCCUAUGUUGUAUGAAGCUAUUAAGCUACUUAACGGAGAAAUUAAUCAAAUUCUCUUUGUAGUAGGUGGUAGAUUUUCUAAAGAAGAAGAAGAAGUUUACAAUAUAUUUAAGAAUAUUCUUUUUUUUGAUUGUGACAUAUCAAAAUAUACUACUCUUGUGCGAACUAGGUUCUCUGAUUUUGAAGAUAGGAAUGAAUGUGAAAUAGACCGUAAAAUAAUAGAGAAAAAAAUUCCAGAUGAUAUUCAUAUUAUCUACGUAGAUAAUCCACCUUUGAAAGGCAAUGAAAAUAAAAUCAAGCUUAAUAAAGAAACUAGAAGAGCUUCCAAAGAGAUAUUAAUGAGACACUUAUUGGAUUAUUGUCGAAAAAGUUAUUGCCCAAGUAGUAUGCAAUUAAUUAAUGGCCGUAUCGGUGAUCAUGUUAAAAGGGAAAAAGAACUCGAAAAAGAAGAAGACGACCUAUGGGAACAAAUACGACAAGCAGAAGAUUUUCAGUGUGAAAAAUUAUUACAAAAACGGAUGGAUGAAUUAAAAUUAUUGAGAAGAGAAGAGGAGAAAAAAAUUUCUGAAGGAAUGAAACGAGGUCUUAUCGAUGUUAUUGAUCAGGCGGGAGAAAAUUGGAAACAUGCUGUGGAAACUGGUGUUGAACAGGGCAACAAGGUUUUACCAUUAAUAGGUGGUGCCGUAGGUGGUAUUUUAGGUACUGGAGUUGGCGCUGUUGGCACUGCUUUCAGCGCUCUAGGAUAUGUACUUACUACUGUUACUCGUGGAAAAAUUUAAUUACCUAAUAUAUAUUUGUCAGAUAAUUUCACAGUAAUCUAUAUUUUUUCUUUUCCUGUAACAUUUUAUCUUCAUUGAUAAGCGCUUUAUAGUUU